ACAGCGUUGUCAGCCUAUUGUCUGCCCACUGUUACAGAACCUUCCGAUUGAUGUUGAUCUAGCUAUCUCUCGGUACCAAACUAGGAAGCAUCGACGACGCCGGAUCGAACCUCCUUUCCUUUCUCAAUUUGCGCUUUCGCCUAUUUCGUAUAAAUCAAAACUCCAGCAGGAGUCAGACAACGGAGUAGAACGCUUCCAAUGAACAAGAUAACUGUUGUAUUAUCUCUCGCUCUCAGCUUAUAUAACGUCACUAGAUUUUCAUCUGCCAAACAUCCACCGGUAUGUCUAAAAGAGAGCAAUGAGACCUCCCAAGUACCCUUGAUGGUAGGAUCGGAAAAUCUUGUGGUAUACCUACUAGAGGGACAAGCCGUUGUACUUCAACCAAAUUCUAAUGACAAUACACGAAUAAUGAUAACAAUGCCCAACUUUCCAAAUGCAACAAAUACAACGAAUGAAUUGAAAAUAGAAAAAUUAAACGCUUCAUUCCACAGUCUAGUAGUGUACUACACUGUCAACAACAAUGAGAACAAUGUCUCUAAAUCAGAAAACGUUACCCUUUAUCUGGGAGCUGAACCAAGUAUUUCAAGCAAUCUCACAAAAGAAAGAAAAGAAAAUUCUACAGUACAUAUCUGUGUUGACGUGAUGGGAAUCCCAAAGCCCGAUUUUGAAGUUUUCAUGAAUGAGCAAAGGCUGCCAAAGGAAGACUAUGAAACGUACAACAUGGAGGACACAGAGUGUCUCACCUUUGAUGAGAGGAAAAGGAACGAUAAAGGAGAAAUCAUUAUAUGUGCACAUAAUUGCUUUGGAGAGAAAAAUAUAACUUUCUCUUUGGCAGAUUUAGAAAAUGUAGACACAAAGUCAAGCAGGAUGUCAGCUUCAAGAGUGUUGCCUAAUACAGAGAGUCCCCAAGGAACCAAAGAUGACUCUGUACCUGGAUACUUGGCUUUGCUGUACGCACUAAUUGCAAUUUUCAGUGUCUCUGUUGUUGUUCUUCUCACCAUCUUUCUGUAUCGUUACCUCAAACACAAUCGAUCAUCAAAAGACGCCAUUGAAACGGCUGAAGAACUCGAUUUGCCACCUGAGCCUUGUUACGCUCAACCAAUAAUCCCUUCAUCUGAUGCCACUACUAAUGCCGGUGAAGAAGCAGAGUCAACGUUCAAUUCAGACGAUACACCCACACCAUACUCUGUAAAGCAGACUGUCCACUAUGCUGAGUUGGAUCCUGACGCUCUGCAAACGUCCCCAGAGGCUCAAACACACAGCAGUACAGUCACUUACACGACCAUUAACAAAGACCAGCCGAGGCACCGUGUCUAUGCAAACUGAAAUAAUAGUAUACAGUAGUUGCAGUAGUUUGCAUUCAAAACUAGUAAGCUUAUUGUAAUUCAUUGUGACUCUGAUUAGGAAAAGUGACUCUCUGUCUCAUCCUUCUGCAUGGUCCAUAGGAUAACUGAUAAUAAUUUUGUAAGCAUAUUUGCAACUCGUGUGAUAGAUAAUAAACAUUAGAGUUAAAAUUA